AUGCUAGCUGUCGUUCCAGCCAACGUCGUUAUUGCAACACAGGAGAUCGUAGAAAUUGCCAGAGAAUCGGAUCCCGAUGCAAUAAGAACACUCAAAAUCCUUACCAAGCCCGAUCUCGUGGACAAAGGCGCAGAAGAGAAAAUCAUCGAGCUAGUCGAAGGAAGCUAA